AUGCGUGGAUACCGCUCUGGGACGACGGGUUACGAACGCCUAGCACAGGCAGAUCUCAGCGACGAUUCCGACACCGACCUCCUUGCCGAAUCGACCGCAUCUCUCCAACCCUUGUCCGCACCACGAUAUGCUCCUUUAUCUCAGCCUCGCCACCGCUCCAACGUUACCAGCCCGAAGCUUGGUCCCUCGAGGCCCAAGUUUCGUCGCCGUCUGGGGAGCAAUGGCGGCGUGGACAUCAAGGCCAUCAACGCCCGACUUGAACGAUGGGCCGAAGAAAUUGCGGCCAAGUUCAAGCGCAAGGGUAGACAUAGCUUAGGGGAGGAAGAGCGGCUGGAGAUUCAUCACUCCGUCUUCCAGCCACCGGAGGGCGUACGACCGAUAUCUGCCGAGGCUCUCGCCGAGCCGCAGGUCACUAGCAUGACCAAGGCACAGUUCGAUGCUGUCAUCGAAAGUGUGCGGCAGGCAAUUCGACAGGAAGUUCAUCCCAGUAUGAUCUCGCAAGGAAGCUCUGGCAGCUACUUUGCUCGCAAUCCGGAUGGAAAGAUUGUCGGCGUGUUCAAGCCCAAGGACGAAGAGCCAUAUGCGGCAGGAAACCCCAAAUGGAACAAAUGGAUCCAUCGCAAUCUAUUUCCUUGCUUCUUUGGGCGAGCCUGCCUUAUCCCCAAUCUGUCCUAUGUUAGCGAGGCGGCAGCCUAUGUGCUCGAUCACCAAUUACGGACGCAUUUGGUUCCAUACACUGAUGUGGUUUGGCUGUCAUCCAAGUCUUUCCACUAUCCCUUUUGGGAUCGGCGAAGUUUUCAGAAAAAGAAGAAGCCUCUUCCUGCUAAACCCGGCAGUUUCCAGGUCUUCCUCAAGGGGUUUAAAGACGCCAACGUCUUUCUACGAGAGAAUCCUUGGCCGGAUCAGUACUGGGCGGGAUUUCGCUCAAACGAGGCCAAUCGGCAAAAGAAAAAGCGCUGGGCCGACAACUGUCGGCCUUCUGCUUCUGCAUCCGCCGAUGAUGCAGCCUCCAGUGAUGAGGAAGAGGGCCAGCCUGGCGAUGGUCGAGAAGACGCAUCCCCAGGUCCCAACAAAUUCGUAUGGACAGAAAAGUUGAAGCAGUCUUUCCGUGAAGAGCUGGAGAAGCUCGUUAUUCUAGACUAUAUCAUGAGGAAUACCGAUCGUGGCCUCGACAACUGGAUGGUCAAAGUGGACUGGGAGACGAAUACGGUAUCGCUGGCGUCGGAUCCUAUCCAAAUCAACAUGGAACCCGUUACGGAGGAAGACGAAGAAGAGGCAAAUGUUAGACCAAUAGACGCCUCGGAGAUGCCACCUCAACCUACUCGAGCAUCGUAUCCCUACAAGCGCCAGAAGCCGAUGAAGGCGUCUUCUCCCCGCAGAAAAACCGAGCCAAACAUGUCAAUCGGCGCCAUUGACAACUCGCUCUCAUGGCCAUGGAAGCAUCCAGAUGCCUGGCGAAGUUUCCCCUUUGGCUGGUUAUUCCUUCCGGUCGACCUCAUCGGCCGACCAUUCUCGCAAAAAACGCGAGACCACUUCCUGCCGCUGCUCACAUCAACAGCAUGGUGGAGCGAGACGCAAAUGGCUCUCAAAAAGGUGUUUCAAAUGGACGAAGACUUCAAGGAGCGCAUGUUUGCCAAACAGAUUGCCGUCAUGAAGGGCCAAGCCUGGAAUGUGGUGGAGGCGCUCAAGACUCCUGAUCAUGGCCCCCUGGAGUUGACUCGCCGGGCAAAAGUCUGUGUCUGGGAUGAUUACGUCGAUGUGCCCGUCGCUGUGCCCAUGAGGAUGACUUCUUCGGAGAUGCGCCGCAGCACCACCCAGCGACAGUCGCUGGACGAAGCUGAUAUUACUGGCUCUGCCCCGACCAGCCGCGUUCCUGUUGACGAUCUUCUUGGCCUUGCCUCGGCACCGGCUGAAAUGCCGCGGUCUGGUAGGUUCGACACGGCGAGUCCUCCUGACGAUCCCUUCAUGGGCCCUGAUGAGUCGUCUGGAGCUCCCGUAGCUACCAGACCAACGAUGGAAUCCCAGUCGCAGCCCGGUAGAGGUUUCCAAGGUCCGUCCCGCGCUCUCAACAUAUACGAGCCCGAGCGCCAUCAGAACCAGAGCCAGAACAAAAAGCAUCAGCGGCGAUACUCGUAUGCCACCCCUGCAACGCGGCAGCACAGCAAUAGUAUAGCUCAGCAGCUCUAUGGGGACAUCUCUUACGGGGCUGAUGAUGACGACUUGGAGGGGGAUCUCGGCUACGCCGCCGCGGAAGGACAGAUGGGUCAUCAACGAAAGGUCAUUGUGGAGCGUCUCGAAGCUGUGAAAAGCAGGAACCCCGUCUUCACAUGGUGUUAA